AUGGGACUUGAUUCGCCAAGUUUGAUUAUUCAGCUUUUGGGAACAAUAAUUGCGGUAGCUGGUGGAAUAUAUUUAUACUUGAAAUAUGUCGUUUACCGUUACUGGAGUUCAAAAGGAAUCGUGCAAUCGGAACCUUUUAUUCCGUUUGGGAGCCUAUGGCCAGUUCUCACUGUAAAACAAUCAGUGGGUCAACUGAUGCACGAACUGUAUUCAGAGUUCAAGAAAAACCGCAUCUUCGGAAUCUACUCUAUCUACAAGCCCAGACUUGUGAUCUGUGACCCUCAGAUAAUCCGGUUCGUGUUGACGAAAGAGUUCACAGCGUUCGAAGACCGCGGCAUGUAUUGCAAUGAGAAGAUUGAUCCAUUGACGGGUACCCUGUCUCUGGUUAAUGCAUCAAAAUGGCGGCGGCUAAGGGUAAAAUUUACGCCAGCAUUCUCGUUGGGGAAAGUCAAGUACAUGUUUGCGACAGUAAAAGAAAUCGCAAAUAAUCUUCGGGAUCGCGUGGCCAAGGAUACAAGCCAGAGCGACCUCGUCGAAGUCAAGGAUCUCAUGGCCAGAUAUUCGACGGAUGUGAUCGCCUCAGUUGCCUUCGGGAUUGAAUGCAAGAGCCUGGAGAACCCGGAAGCGGAUUUCCGUGCUUGGGGCCGGAAGUUCCUUAAGCCUCAACCAGUGAAGAAUGCACUGUUCACACUGUGUCCAUCGCUUAUGAAGAUGUUCAACGUCAAGUACGUCGACGAAGACGUUUCGAAUUUCAUAAUAAGUAUCGUCAAGGAUACUGUUGCUCAUAGGAUAACCAAUCACGUGGUUCGAAAGGACUUUCUGGACCUGGUAAUUCAGCUGAUGACCAAGGGCUACGUACAUUCCGACGACGACAAGGAAACCCAGCAGAAUCCAACUGCAUCCACUGAGAAGAUCACCAUGCUGGAAGCAGCGGCUCAGGUUUUCGUCUUCUGGCUCGCUGGAUUCGAAACGUCUGCUACCACCGCCACAUACUGCCUGUAUGAAAUGGCUAUGAAUCAGGACAUCCAGGAAAAACUUGCCGAAGAAAUUAAUACCGUAUUACAAGAGUUCGAAGGCUUGACGUGUGAUGCCAUCAUGGAAAUGCCCUAUCUUGAUAAGGUGGUUUCAGAAACGCUCAGGAAGUAUCCGUCCUUAAUGAUCCUGAACAGCGAGUGCACCAGAGCGGUUGAGCUGCCUGAUACCGGGUUCAUCGUACCAACCGGAACCCCGAUAGUGAUUCCAGUGAUGGGGAUCCACUGGGACCCCGACAUUUACCCUGGCCCGGAGAAAUUCGACCCCGAACGUUUCAGCAGGGAGAACAUCACCAAGAGAGACCGAUACACUUACCUACCGUUCGGUGAAGGGCCCAGGAAUUGCAUCGGCAUGAUGUUCGGUCUUCUGCAAGUCAAAAUCGGUAUCAUCACACUGAUAUCAAAGUAUUGUUUCAAACCAGCACCCAACACUAAAGUGCCCUUACCUUCGGAAGCAGGAAGCUUUUUUUUACUUCCGCAUGGUGACGUGACGCUACGUGUCGAAAAGAGAGUUAUAUGA